AUGGAGCUGGGGUGGGAAGAGCAGCGGGUGCUGGAGGAACUGAUGGAGAAAAGUGUCUGUGAGGAGCUGGCCCCGCCGGAGAGUUUUCAGAAGAGAGCAGUUGACUUCUGUGACACAACACUCAGCAAAGGUUUGAACAACAGAUACUGUGUAUUAAGAAUCAACAUAAUACAGAAAAAUGAAGAUGGUCCUGAGAAACACCUGACAAUUACAGCUUCUCAAUCACUUGAAGAUACAGAACUGUGUAUUCUAAGGAAUGACUGGUAUUCUGUUCCAGUAGUUCCAGGAGACAUCAUUCACUUAGAAGGAGAUUGUCAUUCUGGUACCUGGAUAAUAAAUAGAGACUCUGGAUAUCUAAUUCUGUACCCAGACUUGCUGCUUUCUGGCACUACAGUAUCAAAUAGUAUUCGAUGUAUGAGAAAAGCAGUACUGAGUGAAAAGUUCAGGAGUUGUGAGUCCAGUUCACGGCAGAUGCUGAUUGGUACAAUCCUUCAUGAAACUUUCCAGCAAGGAGUAACAAAUAACUUUGCACACAAAAAACUACAAGAACUUGCCUUCAGAACUGUCCAUGGACCAAAGUAUCUAAAAGAAAUGUACUACUUAAAUCUGAAACAAGAAGAAAUCAUUCAAGAGAUAGAAGAAUAUGUUCCAUCAAUAUCUAAAUGGGCGGAAGACUUCAUGCACAAACCUAGUCAAGCUAACCACAACAAAAUGCAGCUAAAACUACCAAGUGAAGGAAAAAUAGAAGAUUUAUCUUGUAAUAUUGAAGUUACAGAGUUCCUGGAUAUUGAAGAGAAUAUCUGGUCUCCCAGGUUUGGAUUAAAGGGCAAGAUUGAUGUUACAGUUGGUGUGAAAAUACACCGCAAGUCUGGAACGCAAUAUAAGAUAAUGCCAUUGGAGCUUAAAACUGGCAAGGAAUCUAACUCCAUAGAACACAGAAGUCAGGUUGUUCUGUACACCUUGUUGAACCAAGAACGAAGAGUGGAUCCUGAAGCUGGAUUUCUUCUUUACCUUAAAACUGGCAAUAUGUAUCCUGUGUCUGGCAAUCGUAUGGAUAGGAGAGAAUUACUAAAGCUAAGAAACCAACUGGCAUUUUACUUAUUCCACAGUAUGUGUAAAUCUGCCCUGGGAAAUAAGCAAACACAACUUGCCUCUUUGCCUCCUGUAAUUGAUGACAGUCGGGCCUGUAAAUAUUGCUCACAAAUGCACAACUGCUUUCUUUAUAGCAGAGCUGUAGAGCAACAGAUGGAUAAUGUCCUUAUUCCUCCUGCUGUGGUACCCAUUAUUGAAAAAGAGACCCAGCAUCUGAAACUGUCUCACUUACAGUAUUUCAGCCUGUGGUAUCUGAUGUUAACCUUGGAGUCACAGUGCGGAGAGGGCAAAAAGGGACGUAAAAAUAUAUGGCUGAUGCCUGCUUCAGAAAGAGAAAAGGCUGGAGACUGCAUUGGAAAUAUGAUCAGAGUCGAACAUGUGCAGGAAGCUUCUGAAGGACAAUAUCUACAUUAUUUCCAGCGUAAAAAUGGUACCAUGCCUGGAACAAACCUGUUGGUAGGAGAUAGAGUUGUUGUGAGUGGAGAGAAGACAUUACUUGGCUUGUCUGCUGGCUAUGUUAAAGAGGUCAAUGUGACAACAGUUUCCUGUUUAUUGGACAGGAACUUAUCUAAACUCCCUAAGGACACUAUAUUUAGGCUAGAUCAUGAAGAAGGAAUUUCUGGUAUUGAUGCCCCCCUAAGAAAUCUUUCUAAACUGAUGGAGAAUUCUUCUGCCAGUGAAAAGCUUCGUAACUUAAUAAUUGACUUCCACAAACCACAGUUCAUCCAGCACUUGAGCUCUGUUCUUCCUCCUGAAGCAAAGGAAACAGUUGCAAACAUUUUAAAGGGUCUGAAUAAGCCUCAGAAACAGGCAAUGAAACAAGUGCUACUUUCAAAAGAUUACACGCUCAUCGUGGGUAUGCCUGGAACAGGAAAAACUACUACAAUAUGUGCUCUAGUAAGAAUUCUUUAUGCCUGUGGCUUCAGUGUUCUGCUGACAAGUUUUACACACACUGCUGUUGACAAUAUCCUGCUGAAGUUAGCCAGGUUCAAAGUAGGAUUUUUGCGCUUGGGGCGAGCUCAGAAGGUUCAUCCAGACAUACGGAAGUUUACAGAGGAAGAAAUUUGCAGAUCCAAAUCAAUUAAAUCUAUAACUCAUUUGGAGGAACUCUAUAACAAUCAACCAGUAGUUGCAACAACGUGCAUGGGAGUAAACCAUCCAAUUUUUGCUCGGAAACUGUUUGACUUCUGCAUAGUGGAUGAGGCUUCUCAAAUAAGCCAGCCAAUCUGCCUGGGUCCACUCUUCUAUUCACAUAGGUUUGUGCUGGUGGGGGACCAUCAACAGCUACCUCCACUUGUACACAACACAGAAGCAAGAGAUCAUGGCAUGAGUGAAAGUUUGUUUAAGAGACUGGAACAAAACAAGAAUGCUGUUGUCCAGUUAACUGUGCAGUACAGAAUGAAUAGUAAAAUUAUGUCACUAAGUAACAAGUUGGUGUAUGAAGGCAAAUUGGAAUGUGGCUCAGAGAAAGUGUCCAAAGCCACUGUUAUCCUGCCAAACUUAAAAAACUUGAAGCUGGAGCUGGAAUUAUUUGCAGAUUCUUCAGAAACAUGGUUGAAAGAAACACUUGAGCCAAACAAUCCUGUGUGUUUUCUUAACACAGAGAAGGUUCCAGCACCAGAACAGGCAGAAAAAGGUGGUGUAAGUAACAUGACAGAAGCCAAACUAGUACUCUUCCUCACCUCCUUCUUUAUUAAGGCUGGCUGUAAAGCUUCAGAUAUUGGUAUCGUAUCUCCAUACAGACAUCAGUUAAAGAUAAUCACUGACUUGAUGAAAAGCUCAUGUAUCAGUACAGUGGAAGUAAAUACUGUGGACAAAUACCAAGGAAGAGACAAAAGUAUCAUAAUAGUAUCUUUUGUUAGGAAUAACAAUGAUGGAAAUCUUGGAACACUUCUGAUGGACUGGAGGCGUCUUAAUGUUGCUAUUACAAGAGCAAAGCACAAAUUAAUCAUGCUGGGCUGUGUUCCAUCACUGUGCCGCUAUCCUCCUUUAGAGAAGUUACUCUGCCAUUUAAACUCUGAAGCCAUGAUAUCCUUUUCCUAUGCACUUCAGUAUAUCCUGAUACUCUUCCUGGAUAAAUAUGUUCUCCUUAGUUUUAAUAUUUGA